AUUAAUCAACAAAAAAAACAAGAAAGAAAAAGAAAAAACUGCCCCCCUUCCCCCCCCUUCCCCACUCAGAUCAUCUCACACUCAAGAAACUAAACAUAACCAAUGCCUCCAAAUCCCUAAUCCCUAAUUUCCUCUCUUCAGGAGUUCAUAAAUUAUUAUUAUUAAAAAGAUGAAAGCAGGAGGCACCGGCGCCGGUGCUGCGAAGCAGAUUGUGGAUUCGCUGCUUCAGCGGUUUCUCCCUCUCGCACGACGCCGUAUCGAAACCGCUCAAGCUCAGAAUAUGGUCAUUGAUAACUCAUGGAUGCUGGUUUUGGAUUCUUUGGCUAUGAUUGCACGCCAUACUCCCGUUCCUCUUCUCGAAGCUCUUCUUAAAUGGAGAGAGAGUGAAUCUCCAAAGGGUGCAAAUGAUGCGUCUACAUUCCAAAGAAAGCUUGCAGUGGAGUGCAUUUUUUGUUCAGCAUGUAUCCGUUUUGUGGAAUGCUGCCCACAGGAGGGACUCACUGAGAAGCUGUGGUCUGGGCUUGAAAAUUUUGUUUUUGACUGGCUGAUUAAUGCUGACAGGGUUGUUAGCCAGGUUGAAUAUCCCUCAUUGGUUGAUUCGCGAGGGCUUCUUCUGGACUUAGUUGCUCAGCUCUUAGGUGCCUUAUCUCGUAUCAGGUUUAGUUCUGUAACUGAACGCUUUUUCAUGGAACUAAAUACACGUCGAAUUGACACUAGUGUUGCCCGUAGUGAAACACUCAGCAUCAUUAAUGGGAUGCGUUACCUGAAGCUUGGGGUCAAGACUGAAGGGGGACUGAAUGCAUCGGCUUCCUUUGUGGCGAAAGCAAAUCCUCUUAGCCGUUUUCCUCCUAAACGCAAAAGUGAGCUUCACCAUGCACUGUGUAAUAUGCUUUCAAACAUUUUGGCUCCACUAGCAGAUUGUGGAAAGGGCCAAUGGCCCCCAACAGGUGUGGAAAAUGCACUUACUUUGUGGUAUGAAGCUGUUGGACGAAUAAGAGGGGUGCUUAUCCCUUGGAUGGACAGACAAAGCAAACAUAUAGCUGUUGGGUACCCUCUGGUGACUCUUCUUCUCUGUCUUGGUGAUCCUCAAGUAUUCCACAAUAACUUGAGCCCUCACAUGGAGCAACUCUAUAAGCUUUUAAGAGACAAGAACCACCGAUUCAUGUCCUUGGACUGCCUUCAUCGAGUUUUGAGGUUCUACUUAAGUGUUCAUGCAGCUAGCCAGGCCCUAAACCGUAUAUGGGACUACUUAGACAGUGUGACUUCUCAACUCUUAACAGUUCUGAAGAAAGGAAUGCUUACUCAGGAUGUCCAACAUGACAAACUUGUUGAAUUUUGUGUAACUAUUGCUGAACAUAACCUUGAUUUUGCCAUGAACCAUAUGAUAUUAGAAUUGCUGAAGCAAGACAGUCUAAGUGAAGCAAAAGUGAUUGGUCUCCGUGCUCUGCUUGCCAUAGUUAUGUCACCUUCAAGCGAGCACAUCGGCUUAGAAAUAUUUAAAGGGCAUGAUAUCGGCCAUUACAUUCCAAAAGUGAAGGCUGCAAUCGAAUCAAUUUUGAGAUCUUGUCACAGGAUCUACAGUCAGGCGCUUUUGACUUCCUCAAAGACCACACUUGAUGCUGUAACCAAGGAAAAGUCUCAAGUAUAUCUUUUCCGGUCAGUCCUGAAGUGUAUACCAUACCUGAUAGAGGAAGUUGGCAGAAGUGAUAGAAUUACUGAAAUAAUUCCACAACAUGGAAUAAGCAUUGAUCCUGGUGUUCGCGAGGAAGCAGUGCAAGUAUUGAACCGCAUUGUUAGCUAUCUUCCACAUCGUAGAUUUGCAGUUAUGAGAGGGAUGGCCAACUUUAUCCUUCGGCUUCCCGAUGAAUUCCCUCUUCUCAUCCAAACAUCAUUGGGGCGCCUGCUGGAACUAAUGCGCUUUUGGAGAAGUUGUUUGAACAAUGAUCUAGAAUUCCAGGCUGAUGAUGCAAAGCGUGGAGUGCAGCGAAAUGAUGGAUUUAAGAAGUCUUCUUUCCAACAAUCUGAAGUGAUAGAGUUUCGUGCAUCGGAGAUUGAUGCAGUUGGUCUAAUCUUCCUUAGUUCUGUGGACAGCCAGAUUAGGCAUACAGCAUUGGAGUUAUUGCGUUGUGUACGUGCUUUAAGGAAUGAUAUACGAGACCGUACAUUACGUGAGCAACUGGACCAUAAUUUAAGAAAUGAAGUGGAACCAAUAUUUGUGAUUGAUGUCCUUGAAGAACAUGGGGAUGACAUUGUUCAGAGCUGUUAUUGGGACACUGGGCGCCCAUUUGAUAUGAGACGAGAAUCCGAUGCAAUUCCUCCUGAAGUGACACUUCAAUCGAUCAUAUUUGAGACUCCUGAUAAGAAUAGGUGGGCUAGGUGUCUUAGUGAACUCGUCAAAUAUGCUGCUGAUCUAUGCCCAAGCUCUGUUCAGGAUGCAAAGGUGGAGGUCAUCCAACGCCUUGCUCACAUUACUCCCAUUGAGUUAGGUGGGAAGGCUCAUCAGUCACAAGAUGCAGAUAACAAACUGGAUCAAUGGCUCAUGUAUGCAAUGUUUGCAUGUUCAUGUCCACCAGAUAGUAGAGAAUCUGGUGGCUUAACAGCUACCAAAGAUCUCUACCAUCUUAUUUUCCUCUCUCUAAAAUCUGGAUCUGAAACAAACAUACAUGCAGCAACCAUGGCUCUUGGCCACUCACAUCUGGAAGCUUGUGAAAUAAUGUUUAGUGAGCUUUCAUCAUUUAUUGAUGAGAUAUCUUUGGAAACUGAGGGAAAACCUAAAUGGAAGGUACAAAGUCAAAAACCUCGCCGUGAGGAACUGCGCAUUCACAUUGCGAAUAUAUACCGAACUGUUGCUGAGAAUAUCUGGCCUGGCACACUGGGGCAUAAACGACUUUUCCGUCUCCAUUAUCUCAGGUUCAUUGAUGAAACAACAAGGCAGAUCUUAUCAGCACCCCCUGAGAGCUUCCAAGAAAUGCAACCUCUCCGCUAUGCACUUGCUUCCGUUCUGAGAUCCCUUGCACCUGAAUUUGUUGAGGCAAGGUCCGAGAAGUUCGAUCUCCGAACUAGAAAACGACUCUUUGAUCUUCUCCUCUCUUGGAGUGAUGACACUGGCAGCACAUGGGGGCAGGAUGGAGUUAGUGAUUACCGACGUGAAGUUGAGCGCUAUAAGGCCUCGCAGCAUAGCCGUUCAAAAGAUUCAAUAGACAAAAUUUCAUUUGAUAAAGAACUGAAUGAACAAAUUGAGGCAAUCCAGUGGGCUUCCAUGAAUGCAAUGGCUUCACUUUUACAUGGGCCUUGCUUUGAUGACAAUGCAAGAAAAAUGAGUGGUCGGGUGAUAUCUUGGAUCAAUAGUUUGUUCAAUGAUCCUGCUCCUAGGGCUCCAUUUGGUUACUCUCCAUCAACCCCAUCUUAUUCCAAGUAUGUAGAAAGUGGGCGUGGAGCUGCUGGUCGUGAUAGACAAAGGGGUAGUCACCAUCGUGUCUCUUUAGCAAAAUUGGCUUUAAAGAACCUUCUCCUCACAAACUUGGACCUUUUUCCCGCUUGCAUUGAUCAGUGCUACUACUCUGAUGCUGCUAUAGCCGAUGGUUACUUCAGUGUGCUUGCUGAGGUCUACAUGUGCCAAGAGAUACCAAAAUGUGAAAUACAGAGGCUCUUGAGCCUUAUCCUCUAUAAAGUCGUUGACCCAAAUAGACAGAUCCGUGAUGAUGCCCUUCAAAUGCUAGAGACACUUUCUGUCCGCGAGUGGGCUGGGGAUGGCAUUGAGGGUUCAGGAAGCUAUCGAGCUGCUGUUGUUGGUAACCUCCCCGAUUCCUACCAACAAUUCCAGUAUAAGCUCUCUUGCAAACUUGCCAAAGAUCAUCCUGAAUUAAGCCAGCUUCUCUGUGAGGAGAUCAUGCAGAGGCAACUUGAUGCUGUUGAUAUAAUAGCACAACAUCAAGUCUUAACCUGCAUGGCUCCAUGGAUUGAGAACCUCAAUUUCUGGAAACUCAAGGACUCAGGUUGGAGUGAAAGAUUAUUGAAGAGCCUCUACUAUGUGACCUGGCGACAUGGGGAUCAGUUCCCUGAUGAAAUUGAAAAACUAUGGAGCACAAUUGCUAGCAAGCCCAGGAAUAUUAGUCCAGUUUUAGAUUUCUUAAUAACAAAAGGGAUUGAAGAUUGUGAUUCAAAUGCAUCUGCUGAAAUAAGCGGUGCAUUUGCCACAUAUUUCUCUGUUGCAAAGCGGGUGAGUCUAUAUUUAGCACGAAUAUGUCCACAGCGCACAAUUGAUCACCUGGUUUAUCAAUUGGCUCAGCGGAUGUUAGAAGAUAGCGUUGAACCAGUUGUGCCAAGUGCAAGUAAGGGUGAGGCAAAUGGAAAUUUUGUGUUGGAAUUCUCUCAGGGGCCUGCAGCAGCCCAAAUUUCAACUGUUGUGGACACCCAGCCACAUAUGUCACCAUUACUCGUUCGGGGUUCACUUGAUGGUCCCCUCAGGAAUACUAGUGGAAGUCUGAGCUGGCGAACAGCUGGUGUGACGGGACGAAGUGUCUCAGGCCCUCUAAGUCCAAUGCCUCCUGAGUUGAACGUUGUUCCUGUAACCGCAGGAAGGUCAGGCCAGCUUCUUCCAGCUUUGGUGAACAUGUCAGGUCCUUUAAUGGGAGUUAGAAGUUCAACAGGAAGUUUGCGAAGUCGGCAUGUUUCUCGGGAUAGUGGGGAUUACCUCAUUGACACUCCAAACUCUGGUGAAGAUGGGUUGCAUCCUGGAGUUGGUAUGCAUGGUGUCAGUGCCAAAGAGCUCCAGUCGGCCUUGCAAGGGCAUCAACAACAUUCACUCACUCAUGCAGAUAUAGCGUUGAUUCUACUGGCAGAAAUUGCAUACGAGAAUGAUGAAGAUUUUCGCGAACAUUUGCCUCUUCUUUUUCAUGUCACAUUUGUUUCAAUGGAUAGCUCAGAAGAUAUUGUGCUAGAGCACUGCCAGAAUUUGCUUGUUAAUCUCCUAUACUCACUUGCAGGCCGACACUUGGAAUUGUAUGAGGUGGAAAACAAUGACGGAGAGAACAAACAGCAGGUUGUGAGCCUAAUCAAGUAUGUCCAGUCAAAGCGUGGGAGCAUGAUGUGGGAAAAUGAGGAUCCCACUGUUGUGAGAUCUGAACUUCCAAGUGCAGCGCUCCUGUCUGCGCUAGUUCAGAGUAUGGUUGAUGCAAUCUUCUUCCAAGGAGAUCUCCGUGAGACUUGGGGUGCUGAGGCACUCAAAUGGGCCAUGGAGUGCACAGCAAGACACCUUGCAUGUCGCUCACACCAGAUAUAUCGUGCAUUGCGGCCUAGUGUCACAAGUGACACAUGUGUAUUACUACUUAAAUGCCUCCAUAGGUGCCUAGGAAACCCAGCACCCCCGGUUUUGGGAUUCAUCAUGGAAAUUCUGUUGACACUGCAAGUAAUGGUGGAAAAUAUGGAGCCAGAAAAGGUGAUACUUUACCCCCAACUCUUUUGGGGUUGUGUGGCCAUGAUGCACACAGAUUUUGUUCAUGUGUACUGCCAGGUGCUUGAGCUCUGCUCGCGCGUAAUUGAUCGUUUAUCAUUCGAGGACCAAACAACAGAAAAUGUGCUGCUUUCAAGCAUGCCUCGUGAUGAGCUUGACACUGGUGGUGACAUUGGGGAUUUUCAAAGAAUUGAAUCGCUGGCAUCACCCAGUGGGAAUUUGCCAGCAUUUGAAGGGUUGCAGCCGCUUGUGCUUAAAGGGCUCAUGUCUACUGUCAGUCAUGGCGUCUCCAUUGAGGUCCUGUCACGGAUCACAGUGCAUUCAUGUGACUCAAUAUUUGGGGAUGGAGAGACAAGGCUCCUCAUGCACAUCACAGGCUUACUUCCCUGGCUCUGCUUGCAGCUCAGCAAGGAUACAGUGACAGUGCCUGCUUUGCCACUCCAACAGCAAUGGCAGAAGGCUUGCUCUGUUGCUAACAACAUUGCGCACUGGUGUCGAGCAAAAUCAUUGGAUGGAUUAGCCACUGUUUUUGUGAUUUAUGCCCAUGGAGAGAUCAAAAGCAUCGAUACCCUUCUCGCUUGUGUCUCCCCUCUAAUGUGCAAUGAGUGGUUUCCAAAACAUUCUGCCCUGGCUUUUGGACACUUGCUUCAGCUACUUGAAAAAGGGCCAGUUGAGUAUCAGCGUGUGAUACUGCUAACGCUCAAGUCAUUGCUCCAGCACACUCCCAUGGAUGCUUCUCAAAGUCCACGUAUGUAUGCAAUUGUGUCCCAGCUGGUGGAGAGCUCUCUGUGUUUCGAGGCACUGAGUGUACUGGAAGCCCUUUUGCAGAGCUGCAGUUCAUUGACAGGUUCCCACCCUCCUGAGCCAGGGUCAUAUGACAACGGAGCUGAUGAAAAGCUGUUAGCUCCUCAGACCUCUUUCAAGGCUCGGAGCGGGCCCUUGCAAUAUGCUAUGGGUUCAGGAUUUGGUACGGGUCACAUGCCAGCAGCACAAGGGGGGGCUGAAUCAGGGAUUCCAUCUAGAGAGGUGGCGUUGCAGAACACGCGCCUUAUCCUUGGGCGAGUACUUGACAACUGUGCUUUAGUGAGGAAAAGGGAUUUUAGGAGGCUAGUGCCUUUUGUAACAAAUAUUGGAAACCCAUAGUGGUGCUUACAAUUAUUAAUUACAAAUGUAAAUUAGGGCUUCUCCACGAGCGAAAAACUUUGGACUGGUUUGUAAAUGGUCAUCAUGUAUUAGUUAUAAAUAGUUAAUCAUAAAUUAGUGAUGAUAGUUAGUGUUA